AUGCCUGUUACUGUUGAUGUUCAAGGAAACGCCUUCUUUGACACCCUCGUGAAGUCGAACAAGAUUGUUUACUCUCAACACAAGGAUCUUAUUCCCAAGAUUCUGACAAACGAGGGAGAUUUGGAUGAUGAGGAAUUGGAGAAGCAGAUACACGACACUGCUGAAGAAACAAAAGCUUAUAUUGACAAGAUUGUGAAUUUGUCUUAUAAGGAUGUAAUGAGUGGCUCCAUGUACAUUAAGUAUAAUCCAUCCGAGCAAUGUGCAACUUUCAAUUCCGGUGCUAAAGAGAGGAUGGUGGAUAUAGCUGUAGAUCCACUUGAUCCUCCAAAGUUUAAGCACAAGCGAGUACCAAGAGCUUCUUCUUUUGGUUCUCCUCCUGUUCCGGUGAUGCAUUCACCGCCUAGGCCUAUUACCGUCAAGGACAAACAAGACUGGACCAUUCCUCCUUGUAUCUCCAAUUGGAAAACGCCAAAGGGUAUACAGUCCCUCUUGAGAAACGUCUUGCGGCGGAUGGAAGAGGCCUACAAGAAUGUGUUCAGGUCAGUGAUGGCUUUGCCAAGUUAUCAGAAGCUCUCUUUGUAG